GACUCAGUCAGACUCAGUACCGCCAUAUCCGCCAAACUAUAAGCACCGAUGACCGGUUUGCUGCUUUUAAUAAGUGCUAAACUCGUGUCAACGUGUGACCGCGGAGUCAUUAAUUGCUAAUAGUGGUGUAUAUGUAUAGUGCAAAAAAAAUUUUUUUUUUUAUUUAAAUACAAAGUGUUUAUUUUAAAUCAGUGCUCCAGGAUUUUACCAAGGAUUUCGGUUUAAUACUGAAGACACGUUUUUAUUUUUACGGAUAUGUGAGUGUAUUUUUGUGAUGUGUAUUUUAACAAGCACUGGAUUAUUACUUCAAUUUUUAAAUUAUUUGGAAUAAGUGUUUUUAAAUUCCAAAAAUUUACAGAUUUCCAAGUUCAAGAAAAUUUUACCCCUAUUUUUGGAUGCUAUUCAUUCAUAAAAUACUCCCUCGAAAUAUAAAAUUCCUAAAAAUCAAGUCCUUUAUUUAAAAAUUUUUUUUUAAACGAACCAUAAACGGAAUAAAAAAGAAAAUAAUGAGACAAUGUCAUCUUCUUGUACUUGAGAGGACAAAAGUAUUAUUUUUGUAAGCGAAUAGUAGGUUUUUUUUCUAAAAAGAAAACUUUACAUAUAAGGUGAAUGAAGACAUUAAUUAAAAUCGAAUGGACUAUGUUGGGAGAAAUGAGAGAGUGGAUUGGAAAGAAAGUGUUAUCUUGAUUGGAGGUGUAUAAUUUUUGAAAAAGAAGAAAAUUUGAUUAAGAAAAAGGUGAGCGACGGUUGAAAGAGAAAUGCCUGAAAAGGAAGUGGCUUAUCAUCAGGAGGCAUUUUCCCUAUUGCCACCGCCACCCCAUCAUCCACAUUCGGCUUUUCAUGCGGCAUUUCAUCCGCAUCCACAUCCCCCAGCACCGUCGCCAUUUCAUCCUCAUCAUGGACAUGGUUCAGCUGCUGCAGCGGCGGCGGCAGCGGCUGCUGUAGCAUGGGAACAUCACGCAGCCGCAGCGGCGGCAGCGGCCGCUGUAUUUCAUGCACCACCACCUCAUCCCACUGCUAAUUGUUCCCAAAAGAUGUUCAUCAGAUUGUCCGGUACAACGGCAUUAGGAAGUCCUGGGGGUGGUAACGGAGUAGGUAAUACUGGAGGUGGCGGAAACGGCGGAGACAGUGGCGGGCCAGGUGGUGGUGGUGGGGGUGGAGGAGGUGGUGAAGGAGCCACUGGAAAUACAACUUCGAGUGGGGAUUUCUUGCGUAGAAGUCACCCCCUAUCGGAGCACACGGCUCUCCAUCCCGCCUAUAGGCUCAACUACAUGGACCACCUUUAUCACCAGCUUCAAGCCUCCUCGCACAGUCCCAACGCCUCGUUACACGGACUGGGUGGUCUGGGGCCAGAAUACCUUUUGCAUGCUGCAGGUCCUGGUAAUACAAUUGCUUCUUCGGAUUUUCCAUUUUCAAUUGAUGGUUCAAGACUGGGAAGUCCACGAGCAUCGGCAAUAAGAGCGAGUCGUAAGAGAGCUUUGAGUAGUUCUCCAUAUUCUGAUCGUUUUGACAUUGACAGUAUGAUUAGAAUCAGUCCCAAUAGUCUAGCCUCCAUAGUCAAUGGAUCGCGAAGUAGCAGUGCAAGUGGCAGCUAUGGACAUCUUUCAGCCGCCAUGAGUCCAGCACUGGGAAUGCAUCCAGGAAUGACACCGCAUCUUCAACAAUUGCAAGCUCACCUGUUGCGAAGCGCUGCUGCUGCGGCUCUUUUGCCACACUCUCAUCCCUUACCACCGCCACCACCAGCACAAGCCCCUCAUCCCCAUGGGCAUUCACAUCCACAUUCUCAUCCUCACCCCCAUGUUCAUUCACAUGGUCAUUCUCACAAUAUCAGUCCGCAUACACAACUUUUCCCAGUGUCGCCACAUUCCACGGGAACGACCGCCAUUGCAAAUCAUAUUGGAGUAGUACCCACCAAAAGCGAAAAUGUGGAUUCCUGUAGAAACGCUUCGGAUGUCACGAGUAGAUCAAUUACAGCUGAAGCUGAUACAUCGACCCGAAGGACAUCGACAAAGGUGAAGAAAGAGCCAGCAACGACAACAACAACUGCCACAACAACGACAACGAUACCUCCAAGUCAUCCACAAGGUAACAGUCCAAGUGAAGAUCUUCGCGAUGAACCCGGGGAUUUUAUUGAAACCAAUUGUCAUUGGAGGGAUUGUGGCCAAGAAUUUCCAUCUCAGGAUGAAUUGGUUAAGCACAUCAACAAUGAUCAUAUUCAUGCGAGUAAAAAGAGUUUUGUUUGUGGUUGGGAGGAUUGUUCAAGAAAGGAAAAACCCUUCAAAGCUCAAUACAUGUUGGUUGUUCAUAUGAGAAGGCAUACAGGAGAAAAGCCACAUAAAUGUACUUUCGAGGGCUGUUUCAAGGCAUAUUCAAGAUUGGAGAAUUUAAAAACUCAUUUAAGAUCUCACACUGGUGAAAAGCCGUACACCUGUGAAUAUCCCCAUUGUCAAAAGGCUUUUAGCAACGCGAGCGAUAGAGCCAAACAUCAGAAUCGAACACAUUCUAAUGAAAAACCAUACGUUUGUAAAGCACCAGGUUGUUCGAAGAGAUAUACAGAUCCAUCAUCUUUGCGAAAGCAUGUUAAAACAGUUCAUGGAGCGGAAUUCUAUGCCAAUAAGAAGCAUAAAGGAGGAAGCGGAAGUGGAUCAAGUGGAGGUGGAAGUGGCGGUGGUGGUAAUGGAGGUGGUGGCGAUGGAACUGGAAGUGAUGAGCCAGGAAUGGGUGGACAGAGUAGUCCAAGUAGAAGUGAUUAUCUUCAUCCAAAAACGCCGAGUUUAUCGAGCCCCAGUGUUAAAUCUGAAAGUGAAGCUAACAGUCCACCGAGUAUGAUGCAACAACAGGGAAGUCCUCUUCACGUCGCUACUUGUAAUGAAGAUUCAAAUGGUGUGAACAUUGGUCCAGUGUCGGCUGACGGUGUUGUAUUCGCUGAAGAACCAUUUAACGAAGAGCCAGAGGACUUGGAUAUCGCUGAUCUUCCAGUUGCUCUUAGGGCAAUGGUUGGUGGUCUUGAGGUUCAACAACUUCAGCCACUUUCAAGGAAUCGCUUGAAGGGAAGAUUAAGCUCAAAACCAUCAUCACUGUCGCAAAUAUCACCUGGUGGUAUUAGAGGUGGUCGCGGUCUAAUGGAACCACAGGGAAAUAUCGGUGAUCUAAACAAGAGAAUCACUGAUCUCAAAAUGGAGGGCGUACCCAAUAGACAAACAAGCCUCUCUGAUUUGCAAUUGAGAUUACAACCUCUAAGUGAACCUCGAAGGGACAGUAACUGCACCGUCAGUACUUAUUAUGGAAGCAUGAAAUCCACUGAUUUUGGAAGUAGAAGAAGCAGCCAGGCAAGUGGUGUCAGUGCCAUGGGACGAAUUGGAACAAUGGGACCUGGAAGUUUCUAUGAUCCCAUCAGUCCCGGUACUUCUCGAAGAAGUAGUCAAAUGAGCACAGCCUCCAGUAGAAUGAAUCCUUCGGUUCAUCUUCAAGGACCCUAUUCCACCAGCAAUUUAGUCGUUCAAACCCAAAACAUGUCUCUUCAGGGUCCGCAGGGAAUUGCCAGUGAUUGGAUGUCAACAAGUCAUUUUCAACAACCAACAGCGGAUCGACGAAUGUCUGAACCCGCCCGACAACUGGGUCAAAGAGUAUCGCCUCCCAUGCCUCCAAGACCAAGAUCAGCCCAACUGCCCGAACUACAUCCCAAUCAAGAGGUAAUUCUAGACGAAGUUGGCGAGGGCGAAAUGGUCGAGAAUAAACUCGUCAUGCCCGAUGAAUUUCUCCAAUAUCUCAAUCAAGUUCAAGCCGGUGGCAAUCAAGUCACUUAUCGUGGUAGCCCUCUACCAAAUUGUCGUUCACCAAUUUGUACAAAUCCCCUUCACUGUCAACGGCAACAACAAACUUGUAAUUACAAUCAACAAAUAUCCCGUUGCUACAUGUCCCAACAAUCGAAUCAGCAACAAAAUUGUCCCGAUUACACAAACAAUUCCUCACCCUAUUCCCAAUGUCAAAAUUCCCGUAUCCCACAGGCCUCCAAUUAUUGUCCACCGCAAAAUUUUUCCACCCAAAAUUGUUCCUCACAAAUCGCUAGUCCAGGAUCUGUACAGGUGAUGUCACCGGGAUCUCAUUAUGCACCGAGUCACGUGAGCGAUCAGCCAAUUAAUUCACCAGCCGCUGGUGCUCUUCCACCUCAACAACCACCGCAAAAUCUUCAACCCAAUACCGCUCAAUUGACAAGAAAUUGCAACGAUCAUGGAUUCUACCCCGGCUAUGGUUGUCAAGUCAAUUGUCAGCCAAUGAAUACUCAACCAUGUUCUCCACUUCAUCCGCAAACACAAUCAUGUUCCGCGGCACACAUCGCCAGACCAACAGUUUCAAAUCAAAGUUGUCAACCACUCUCACCCCAUUGUAACGAUCAACAAUUACAAAAUCAUCGACCAAUUCCCGCUAACAUGGUACACAAUCAAUGUGCCAUGUCCCCAGCCAGCGAUCAAUGCCACCAGGCAAUGCCUGAAUCCCAUAGACAUUUAUCCAAACCACCAGUUCAACAAAUGGAGCAAUGUCAUCGAGUAGCUCCCGUUUGUUCACCUUCAGCGCUCGUCAAUCAAAAACACUCGAUGAAUCACGACUUGCAAUCACCACAACGAAUGCAAACAUCUCCAUGUCCACAAAUUUCAGCUAAUUGUCAUCGACCAAAUCUUCCUGGACCAGCUACAUCAAACACUCCAAAGGAAAUAAGAGGCGCUUGCUCACAAAAUAAUUCGAGUCAUGUUCAAUUUUGUUCUCAUGCUUGUCAUGGACAAAAUAAUAAUAAUAAUAAUCCCCCACGUUACAAUUGUACCAAUGGUUGUCAAUGGGAUUACAAUGGUACUGAUCAAUGCUAUCACAAUCAAACUGGCAAUACACAAGAAAUUCAAUGUCGUGACAUCAGUCAAUCACAGCAAGGUUCACCAAUGAAACCACCGCAGGGAAUGAGACAAGAUUCAUACAGAAGGACACUUGAAUAUGUUCAACAAUGUAGAAAUUGGUCUGGUGCUGCACAAAUUCACGAGGCAAGUGUUUCCAGUUCCACUCAUCCCAUGUCGUUACCGCAGCCACUUCCAGCAAGUGCUAAUAUGAUUGUCAAUGACAUGACAUCUUCUCUCAGCUCGUUGCUCGAAGAAAAUCGAUAUUUGCAAAUGAUUCAGUAGACAAAUAAAUUAGAGGAAUUUGCGUGAAAAAAAAAAAAUUUGUGAACUGUAAAAAUUGAUUAGAUGAAUUUUGUAUUAAGAUGAAAUUUUUCGAAAAAGGGUUUCGUGGCUUUUGAUUAUGAUUGCGGUUACUAUGGUAUUGAUUACUAUAGUGAAUGUUAGUAUAGCAAUGAUUAAUAUAUAGCAACGAUUGCUAUAGUAACUGGUAACAUAGCAAAGGAUACCAUAGUAAUGGUUAACACGGAUGUUGUAUAACAACGGUUACUUUAUAGCAAAAAUUACUGCAGCAGCGGUUACUACAGUAACUGUUAACAUGGCAACGGUUACUAUAUAGCAACAGUUCCUAUAGUAACUGUUAACUUAGCAAACGGUUACUAUAGUUACUGUUAACUUAGCAAUCAGUUACUAUAGUUACUGUUAACUUAGCAAUCAGUUACUAUAGUUACUAUUAAAUUAGCAAACGGUUACUAUAGUUACUGUUAACUUAGCAAUCAGUUACUAUAGUUACUAUUAAAUUAGCAAACGGUUACUAUAGUUACUGUUAACUUAGCAAUCAGUUACUAUAGUUACUGUUAACUUAGCAAUCAGUUACUAUAGUUACUAUUAAAUUAGCAAACGGUUACUAUAGUUACUAUUAAAUUAGCAAACGGUUACUAUAGUUACUGUUAACUUAGCAAUCAGUUACUAUAGUUACUGUUAACUUAGCAAUCAGUUACUAUAGUUACUAUUAAAUUAGCAAACGGUUACUAUAGUUACUAUUAAAUUAGCAAACGGUUACUAUAGUUACUGUUAACUUAGCAAUCAGUUACUAUAGUUACUGUUAACUUAGCAAUCAGUUACUAUAGUUACUAUUAAAUUAGCAAACGGUUACUAUAGUUACUGUUAACUUAGCAAUCAGUUACUAUAGUUACUGUUAACUUAGCAAGAGAUACUAAAGUAACUGCUAACAUAGCAACAGUAAGUUACUAUGUAGCAAAAAUUACCAUAACAGCGGUUACUGUAGUAACUGUUAACAAGGCAACGGUUACUACAUAGAAACGUUACUAUAGAAACUUUUAACAACAACUUUAGUUACUAUAGUUACUUUAGUAACUUUUAAGUGUAGUAACUUCUAAGAAGAUAACGGUUACUAUAUAAUAACAGUUACAACAGCAACGGUUACUGUAGUAACUGUUAACACGGCAACAUUUAUUAUAUAUGAAAAGUUACUAUAGUAACUAUAGUAACAUAACAACGGUUACUAAUGGUCAACAUGGAAACAGUUAUUAUAGUAACUUUUAAGAUUGCAAUAGUUACUAUAGUAAUUGUCAAAGUGUCAACGGUUGAUAAUUAACAUCAGUUACUAUAGUAAAUUUUAAAUAUAGUAAAUAUAGUAACAUCCAACAUGGUAACGGUUACUAUAUAAUAACAGAUACCGCAGCAUCAGUUACUGUAGUAACUGUUAACCUAGCAAUAUAGUUACUAUAGUAACAUGGCGACUAUUAUUCUAUAGCAACAGUGAUUAUAGUAACUUUUAAUAUGGUAACGGUUACUAUAGUAAUUGUUAACUUGACAACGGUUACCAUACCAUAUAGUAACUAUAGCAACGCUUAUUACAGUAACUGUUAACAUAACUUAGUAGCGGUUACUAUAUGCAUAGUAACAAUUAUUAUGUAGUAAUUGUUAACAUGUCAACGUUUUUGCAAUUAAUUUAAUAGUCACGAAACCUUCUAUUGGAUGCAAUGUUUAAUCAACUUAAAAAAAAUUUAUUUUUUUUUGAAAUUUUUUACAGUUACUGUAAAUUAUUGUAAAAUUCGAAUUUACGAUUUUCCUCGAAAUCCCGGUUAUUAAAUAUAAAUUUUUUUUUUGAAAAUUUUUAAUUUAUAUAAUAAAUAAAUUCGAAUAUUUUUUUUGAAGAAUUUUUAAGAAUCAAAAUGUUGAUUUUUAAAAAUAAUUUUUUUGGUCAAUUUUGAACAAUGAAAUAUUUUACACCUAAUGUGGCUUCACAUUGUGCCUUAAGAGGUUAACUCUUUUUUAUUUUGUAUUUUUUUUUUAAAGUCUCAAUUCUUUUAGAAAAUUUAAUGAUGUUUGUUUUUUUUACAUUCGCCCGAGUGGUAGACGCUGUGAUAGAGAAAACUAAAACAAACAAAAGAAAACAAAAAAAAAAAACAAUAAAAAUAAUAGAUAUUUUGAUAAUAAUUUUUUGGUCGCACUGUAAAAACGACCGUCAGCGACAAUUAUAAGAAAAAGAGGGGGGGAAAAAUUUGAUAUUAAUCUCAAUAUAUAAUUCAUGAAGGCCAAUAUUAGUUUUUAAUUGAAAUGUAGAUAGUUAGUUGUGUAAGUAUAAAAGCGAUAAAAUUAUUAUAGACACGGUAUAAUAUACUCAAGAGAAUGUAUGUGAAUGUAGUUUUUAGAUUUUUUUAUAUAUAUAUUAUAUAUAUUAUGAAAAAUAAAAAAAAAAAAAAAUAGAUCGGUUACGAUCAACGACUUGCGCUGUGCAAAGUGCUUAGAUACUCAAUAUUAUGUUUAGACGUACUUUUUUCUGUUUUUGUUAUACAAAUGAUUUUGUACGAAUUUUAUUAUUAUACAUGGCUUUUCAAUGAAUAUUAUUUUGUGAAUAUAAAAUAUAUAUACAUAUGACUAAAAUAUAUACAUAUGUAUAGUGUAAUGUGCCUUUUUUUAUUGAAGCACAAUGGGAAAGCAUUUUAUGAAAAAGAAGAUUUGCUGCCUUAAAAAAAAAAAUUGUUAAUUAUUUAAAUAAAAAAAAAAAAAAUCAAAUAAAAACACUUCAUAUUCCUUUAAAUAUAUAUAUAUA